AUGUCCUCAGGAUCCUUUAAUAACUUUCAAACUCUCCUUGACCAACAGGUCGGGUCACUUCAAAAGCCUUCGUCGUGGCCGCCCAUGCCAGUCGCAUCAGAUAACCGUAAUAAGCAAAGACGCAUACCAGCAAGUUCACUGCGUUUCCAAAGCGCUGCCUGGGUUACCGCUGGUGGCGGUAUGGCUGCAACACUUGGUGGUGUCCGUAGGAUUUUCCGAAACUUCCGUGGAUUGAAGUAUAUUUGA